AUGUCAGGUGGACUUGAACCUAGUACGACUGCAAGAUGCACCAUCCUAACGUCGGAAGGCAUCUUGAAUGUUGAGUUGUGGGCGAAGGAGUUUCCUAAAACAACGCGCCGUUUUCUGGAGAAUUGCAUUAAGGGUCUGUACGAUGGUGUCCCCUUUAUCGAGAAGCCAGGCGGAACAAUAAUCUUAACUGGAGAGAUUGGAUGCGAUCCUGUAGGUAGCGUUGAGAGCAACACUAGAGUGAGGUUCGAUCGUAGGGGCCUCUUGGCGAGCUUCCCUAGCUCGAAAGGUGCAUUUGCUAUAACGUUGUGUGAUAACUCCCACUUGGAGGGUAAGGCAACGGUUUUUGGGAAGCUCGUAGAUAGCACUUACUACAGUGUUCUCAGGAUCUGUGGCAAGGAGCUGAAGGCUGACAGUGACGAGUUUUUAUACCCUGCAUGGGUCAAAAGUAUUAGUGUAGAAGAGCCUUACUUCAAGGACCUAAUCGGUCACGAAGCAAGCGCGCCAAAAACAAUAAGCGAUGCGGUUAAGCCCCAACGGAAGAGACCGGUAAAAAAGCGCGUGCGUUUGGAGUACGAAGAAGAAGGCGAUGAUCAAGAAGACGCCCUUUCAAACAUCAAAAUCAGGGCGGCACACGACCUUUUGAAUGAUAAACGGCUUGUCAGGGAGACGCCGCCCUUGGGAAACUUGGGCUCUGCCGAAUCCAGACUGCCUCAAAAAUCAUCCAAAAAUACAGCCUCCUCCAACGUUGAACAUGAAGCGUCGCCCAGCGAUGCUAAAAAAGUAGGGCACAGCCCAGACGACGGUUCUGGUUCUGGUUCUCAGAAGCCGCUUGACGUUACCCAGGCGGAACCUGAAGGCCAUGAUCUAACGCAAAGAGAGCGGGAGACACUAAAACUCCUGGAGCAAUUCAAAAAAACGUCUUCCAAAAACAAGCAAUUUGCGUCACACCAACUUAAUUUCGGCGGUCAAGCUCCUUAG